CCCAAGGAGAAGCUACCCUUUGUGGAUGGGGCUAUAUUCGACUCGAACAUUAAUUACCAUGAAGAAAACGGCCUCCUAGGCACACGAGCCGAUAUCAUCUGUGAAAUUAAGGAGUGGGCCUUCACAUCGCAAGGGAAAUGUACUUUCUUAUUGAGUGGGAUGGCUGGGACCGGGAAAUCAACCACCUCACGAACAGUGGCGGAGCACUUCAACGAAGCAAAGUCCCUAGGCGCAAAUUUCUGUUUCAAAAGAGGCGAAGCAGAUCGAGGCAAUGCCCAGAGACCUUUUUCGCUUAUUGUGAGACAACUCAUUAUCAGCGUUCCUCAGUUAAUUCCCUAUAUCGACCCAGACAUCAUGGGGAAGGGGAUAAGGGAUCAGUUUGAUAAGCUGCCUCUUCAACUACUUCUUUGUCUAGGGCUAUCUGAACUUCCGUUCCGGACUACUGUGAUAGUGCUUGAUGCAUUGGAUUAA